AUGGGGGCCCCAGAACUCGCCCCACAGCCGCCCCAGCCCGAGGGAAGCUCCCCCGAGGCUGCUGCUGCUGCUGCUGCUGCGCCCCCAGAAGCUGCAGCAGAUCAAAAAAAUAAGAGUGACAGUGAAGCUCCCCGUUCGCCGCGGCCAGUCAUUCCACUUUCGGGGCUUGCUGCUCUUGCUGCUGACGCAGGGCGAAAGCUGAAUACCCAGCCAGCUCCUGUCUAUGAAGGAAGCGGCACAGUGGGGGCUGGCGGAAGCCCAGCAGCAGCAGCAGCAGCAGCAGCAGGAGCAGCAGCAGCAGGCUCUUCUCCAAGGCCCUACGGUGGCCCGCCCGGCGCAGGGCCGUCACCAGUGGUUGGGGGCGUCCGCGUUAUGCCGACAGCCGACGCAGAAGUCCAGCGGAUCCUGUGA